UUCGGUGUUCGAUUGGCUGCAUCUGGUCAAAAUAGUGAAUCCAAAAAUAAUUAUGUAAGUCUGACCGCUGAGUCUUGAACUGUAUUCUGGAUAAAGGGCAGCUACACAAUUUGGAGAUCGUGCACCAUUAAACUAUCCGUAGCUAUCAACUUCUUAAUUUCACACGAAACACUGUCCUUAAUAUGGAACUGUUGUAAUGCAAGUUAAAAACAUUUACCAGUCCAAAGGUGCAGAUAUAUUUGAUGAUGCCCAAUGAUGCAGUGCUUUGGUUCAUAAAGGGAAAAAAAGGACCUUUGAUAAAACAUGCUUUCUUACUCUGUUCAAUGCUUUCUCCGAAGAAAUUUUUCGAGAUGCAUUAAAUUUGUUAAACAACAGAAGCCAGUACAUAGAAUUAAAAGGAAUUUUUCAAGUGACCAAAGAUCACAUUAUGACAUCUUAGGAGUUGAUAGUGAUGCUUCGUUGAAAGAUAUAAAGAAAGCAUAUAUUUCUAUGUGUAAGAAGCUCCAUCCAGACUCUAACCAAGGUGACCCAAAUGCCCAGACUAACUUUGUGAGAUUAAAUGAAGCGUACACUUUCCUUAGUGAUCCCAAAAAGCGGGCAGAGUAUGAUGGGUCAGUGGGAGUUCGGCACAAACGUGGAGGUAGAAGUGAUAGAAGUAUUCGCCGGGACAUGUUUGAAGAGGAGGAAAGAAAGAAUGAUUUAAGUCACCAUGACCUAAUAUGGGAUUGGAACCAGAAACGCGACAAAAAGAAAGGCAUGACUGAGGAGGAGAUACUGGAACAGCGUCUAAGUGAUUUACAGAACCGGUACAACCAGUGGUACAAACAGUACAUGGUGGAGCUGGCAGCCCAGAGGAAGGCCAGGGAAGAACACUGGAGGGACCCACCUCCCUCCGAGCAAGAGACCACAUUCAGAGAGACAGCGGCAGAAUACAAAGAGGCCUUCCACAGGGAAGGGGCCAAGAACCUGAAUGAGGAAGAGUUCUCUUGGCCUGUUGUGUUUGGACUGUUACUUCACACCUCCGCCCAGCUUGGAAUAUUCUUAGUCUGUAUGUAUGGGAUGUACAAGAUGGGAGAACAUACUGGCUAUAUAGAAGUAAAGAAGAAAUCUGAUGAGAAAUAAAUUAAAGAUGAAAGGAGAAUAAAAAGCUGUAUAGUUCACAGAAAAUGUGAGAUGAGUCUUUCAUGGUUCAUGUGUUUUAGACGUGAUUGUAAUAAAAGAAUAAAGAAUUGUUUUCAUUAUA